AUGGUGGAGUAUAGGCACAAAAUUCAAUCCUUUGAGAAAAAGCGUGAUGAAUCCCUAUUUGAAGCUUGGGAUCGAUUUAAGGAAUACCAAAGAGAGUUCCCUCAUCACGGAAUACCUAAGUGGCUCCUCUUACAAACUUUCUACUUAGGACUUAGCCCAACCUCCAAAAAAAGUCUUGAUGCGGGGGUGGGUGGUCCAAUCAUGGAUAAGAAGGAGGACCAAAUCGAAGAGAUAAUUGAAGAUGUCUCAAGUGCUAGGACGGUGAGGAAAGAUAAGCCACGUGGGCGUCAUCAUGGUCUCACUCAACAGAAGAGGCAAGAGAUAAAGGAAGCUUUUGAACUGUUUGACACUGAUGGCUCAGGAACUAUUGAUACUAAGGAGUUGAAUGUUGCUAUGAGGGCUCUGGGUUUUGAGAUGACCGAAGAGCAAAUCAAUCAAAUGAUUGCGGAUGUUGACAAGGAUGGAAGUGGUGCCAUUGAUUUCGAUGAAUUUUGUCACAUGAUGACUGCUAAAAUCGGAGAAAGAGACACUAAGGAAGAAUUAAUGAAAGCAUUUCGUAUAAUCGACCAAGAUAAUAAUGGUAAGAUUUCUCCUGUAGAUAUUCAACGCAUUGCAAAGGAAUUGGGCGAAAACCUAACUGACAGGGAAAUCCAAGAGAUGAUUGAAGAAGCAGACCGAGUUUUUUACCAGCAAGUAUUUAUUAUUGGCUUUAGCGCGCUUGAUCGAGUUGGUUUAGUUGUUAUAGAAUAAAUUUUAUAUCAAAAU